CUUGAAGCUGAAUAUCAAACUUCAUCUCCACCUCGGCGGGGCUCAGACCCCUGAUACGACUUGCUUGGCCAGAGCUUGGCUGUCUUAGUUCUUGGUGUUGGCUACUAAGAGGCCAAUCACCUCGGGAGGUUGAUCCACUUCUCCGACGGACCAAGCAACGCAUGUGUUGUCUGUCUGUUUCCGAAGUAGAAACAGUCGUCAACUUACUGUGGCUAGGCUAACAUGAUACGCGCCGUUGGUCGAUGUCAUAGAGGGCGAUGCAAUCUGAACUAGCGAAUUUCCCAUCCCAUCUCGGGCGCAGCUUGAACGUUCUGGGUAACAUCGUGUAGAUCCGACCAAGAUGGAUACGGGGAAUGGUUUCUAAGCUAGGGUAGGCCAAAUAAACUGGCUUGUCAUAAGACGACGUUGACCUCUCCUGGCGUCGCCUUACAAAAUGUCAUCCGUUUUCUUAAUUUGAUACUCUGCCGUCUGGCGACAGACUUUCCGGUUGCCGGGUGUUAAAGCAAGAACUGCAACCGCUUGCUUGCGUCGAUGUUAAGCAAUUGUCUUUUCUGAGGCUCUCGUAAAGAUAUCCUCACCACAAUACUUUUGCCAGGGCAGGUCGAAUUAUAAAUAGUUGUCCUCCGGGUUGGGGAUAACAGGAAACGAUGCGGUCUCAUACGCUCGUCGCUGUCUUCGCAGCUGCCGGCACAAUCGCCGAUGCGAACAUACAAGCCGCUCCUCAGAGAAGGCAGCAAGCAGAGCCCGGCGUCGCCAGAUGGGCUGCUCCAGAGCUCUCAACGCGAUCUACUUCGACCUUUCAUACUUCUUCUGCCCGAAGGGCCGAAUUGCAGAUAAUGCGCAGGAGUUCUUUGAAAAGGCGUCCCAGACGACGCCAAUUUUCCGAACGAGAUGACAGCGAGGAUUCCGACGAUGAUGAUGACGAUGAUGAUAGUGAUGACGAGGAUGAUGAGCACGAGAAGAAUGAAGAACCCCAAAAAAGCAAUGCGGGAGCCAUCGCCGGCGGCGUCAUCGGCGGCAUAGUUCUCAUCGUCCUCCUCUUCUUCCUGCUGUUCUGGUUCAAACUACGUCCCCGGCGUCUCCGCCGUCGCCGCAAGCGCCAGGAAGAAGAAGAGGAGGAGAAGAAGCGCAGACAAAGACAAGACGAGGAAACAGCAACCGAACACAGCACUGUCAGCUACCCCCAGCAGCAGCAGCCGUACCAAACCAUGCCAGUAGUAGGCCCCGAGCCGGUCCACGCCCGCGGGGGCGUAUCCCCGCCCGUUGGCGGCACCACACCGACGCCGAACGGAGGCCGUCCCGCGUCGCCGCCUAUCCCACCCCAAGGCACUACGGCAUCACCCGCAGAGCUAGCGAGCCCCGUCGUCGCCGACGGCCGCGAGCCGCCUCCCGCGCCGCUUGAUCACGGGAAACUGUCCUCGUCGCCACCGCCGCGGUAUUCAACCGCGUUCCCAACGAUGACUGAGCUGUCCAGCCCAGUAGAUGGUAUUCCCGUCGCCAACGGCCGCGAGCCGUCGUCCCUGCCGUCUGCUCUAGAGCCGGAUUACGGCACGAAGGCCAGUUACGCGAGGACUUACGUCGAACCGUCGCGGCCGGCUUUUCAUCCGGCGGACCAGCCGAAUCCCGAUUACUAGCUGGAUGGCUGCUCUUGGGUAAUGUUGGAUUGGGUACAAAGAUUGUGGGAUGCGUCGACGACUCCUAGACGAGGCAUAACGAGGAACAUGACAGGGGUUUGCAUGGGAUGUAGUGCCUACGAGGCAGGUUCAUUGCUGUUCCGG